UUAAUGACAAAGUUGUACAACAAACUUGCUGUACAACUUUGUUGUGUAACUUGUUAUAAUAUAGCACAAGCAUCCAGACUAUAUAACAAAAUACAAAACAAAAAAGUGCGCAUAUUUUUCGCAGCAUUUUAGCUGGUAGGUGGUAGUAUGUAAAAUGUCGUCAAACGUAGAGGAUGCCAUAAUGGCAGCAGCAGCUUGCGUAAUUUUGUGCAGGCGACACCGACGUGUAAAGCGAAGAUUUUGGGUGCGGCGUUCAUUAAAAGCUCGAGAAAUAUGUAGGGAUACCGCCCUUUUAACUGAUCUGAAAAGAGAUGACCUAGACCCAUCGACAGGAGACAUUAAAUGUGAUGGCAGUUUUAAAAACUUGUUAAGAAUGACAAGUUCUGAUUUUGACUAUCUUAUAAAUGAAAUCGGCCAUAAAAUAUGUUAGGCAGGAAAGACACAACAUUUCGAGAUGCAAUUCCAGUACGAGAAAGAUUAACAGUUACGAUGAGAUUCUUAGCAAGUGGAGAUUCCUACCAAAGUUUAAGCUAUUUAUUUAAAUUUUCUAAGCAGAGUAUUUCUAAUAUUGUGCCAGAAUUUUGUGACGCUCUCAAUGACUGUUUAAGAGAUAUAAUCAAAGUACCCAAAUAUCAAGAGGAAUGGCAACAGAUUGCAAAUGAUUUUGACCAGAAGUGGAAUUACCCUCACUGUUGUGGCAGUAUCGAUGGAAAACACAUAUGCUUACAAGCUCCAAUAAAUACUGGAAGCGACUAUUUCAAUUACAAGGGAUUUUUCAGCAUAGUGCUUUUAGCUAUAGUGGACGCUAACUAUUGCUUUACGUUUGUAAACAUAGGUUGCCAAGGUCGUUUGUCUGAUGGCGGAGUAUUUGCUAAUACAACAUUUAAAAAGUUACUUGAAACCUCUUCCUUGAAUCUCCCAUCAAUGAAAGUUUUACCGGGAAGAAUAUUAACUUCACCUUUUGUGUUUCUUGGUGAUGAGGCAUUUGCUUUACAGCCGCAUAUGAUAACAUCCUUCCCAGGCACUCAACAGAAAGGGUCACCGGCUCGGAUUUACAAUUACAGCAGAGCAAGACGUGUAGUCAAAAAUACAUUUGGAAUUAUGUCUGUUAUAUUCAGGGUAUUUAGAAAACCAAUGCUUCUUGAGCCUCAAAAGGCAGAAAGGGUAGUUUUAGCAAGUUGUUAUCACCAGGAACUUUUGAUUCAGAGGACGCGCUGACGGGAGAAUUAAUACCUGGUACAUGGAGAGUCGAAGGUUAGCCAAAUGGUACUUUGCUAAAACUUAAAAAGAUUCCCAGGAAACCUACCGUGCUAGGCAAAGAAAUACGAGAGGAGUUCUCUUUGUACUUUACCAGUAAGGAGGGGAAAGUGCCGUGGCAGAAUAAUUUUUGAUUUCAAAUUUUUUAUUAAUUUAAAGUGUGCUUACCUCAACCGCAGUGAUAUUCCCAGUGUCCCGUGUCUCAGUAUCUUGCUUGGGAGAUAGACCACCUUCA